AAAUUACAGGGGAAACUUCAGAAGCAGAGAGCUCAAUCAUCUGGAUUUCUGCGACAUACACUGGAGGGACCGAGGAAGAGAGAAUCUUUGGGUUUGUCUCUUCCUCUCUCUCCUCCCUUCUCCCACCCACCCCUUCUCUCUCGCUGUGGGUGUGCUGUGGAGAGGAGAAAGGAAGGAGAGCAAGAACCAAACCAACAAGAGCGGCUGCCAACCCCUGCACAGCCUGGGCCUUGAUCAUUGAUUGCCCAACUAUUACCUUCCUCUUUUGUGAUUUAGAGUCUCAUCUAUCCCUUAUAUAUCUCUUCUCUUGGUUCUUUGUGAAAUCUCUUCUCUUUUAGAUUUCCUUGGCUUCCAGAUAAGCCUCUGUAUGAAAUUGCCAAGUAGUUGCUCUUCUUGAUUUCUUGUUUUUCUAGGUCUUGGAUUUUGGGGGUUUUGGGUUUCUUGUAUCUUUCCCUAAUCUUUCGAUCUUGUAAAGAGGUUUUUGAGUUGUCUUCAUCGCUGUUGGGGCCAUGGAUGAGAGGAUUCCACCGCCGUCGCUCUUGCAGUACUCCCCAUCUCCCGUCCAUUCUUCUCCUCACCCCUUCAAUUCUAUGAGGUAUUCUGCCUCUGAAAGAGACAGAUAUCUGGCUGAGUUGCUUGCCGAGAGGCAGAAAUUAGCCCCAUUCGUUCAAGUUCUUCCUUUCUGUACCAGACUCUUGAACCAAGAGAUUUUGCGCGCAUCUUCUAUGGUGCCUAACCAUAAUUUUGUUGAUCCUGAGAGAAUGGAGCAUGGUAGCCCAUUAAGGUUACCUGGCCACCCAGCGAAUGGUCAGCCGAUGGAUCUGGAGGGCUGGUCAGGGAUGCAAACAGAGCAUAUGGGGGUUCUACAAGCACCAUCAAUGGGCUGGAAUGGUGCUCCUCCACUUGCUGGCACUCCUGUUGUCAAGAAAGUUGUGAGGCUAGAUGUUCCUGUGGACAAAUAUCCUAAUUACAACUUUGUUGGUCGUUUGUUGGGGCCGCGAGGUAACUCCCUGAAAAGAGUUGAAGCUUCAACCCAAUGUAGAGUUUAUAUUCGAGGACGAGGCUCAGUGAAAGAUUUUGUUAAGGAAGACAAGCUGAGGGAUAAACCUGGCUAUGAACACCUCAAUGAACCACUGCAUGUGCUUGUGGAAGCAGAGCUUCCUGCAGAUAUUAUCGAUGGCCGUCUAAAUCAAGCUGUGUCCAUCCUAGAGGAUCUUCUGAAACCAAUUGACGAGUCCAUGGACUACUAUAAGAAGCAGCAGCUGAGAGAACUGGCAAUUCUAAACGGCACACUGAGAGAGGAAAGCCCAAGCUCUCACCUCAGCCCUAGUGUGUCCCCCUUUAACUCCACCGGGAUGAAGCGUGCGAAAACAGGGCGGUAAUCCCAGUUCUGAAAGCUUCAUUCUCCAAAAUCAAUCAUGGUUCAAUGUCCGAUUACAUGCCGCUGUAUUGCUGGAGGUGAUUGGUGAUGCAUAUGCUGGGAUCAUCAGUGCUGACCUAUGCCUGUCAUGAUCUGCGCGCUUUAUCGAUAUUCAAUGUGUCCUUGGACGAAUGGUCUCUGUGGGCUUGAUGUUUGACUCUAUUAUUAUUUAUUCUUUGUGCACCUGACUCCCUAAGUAUUAACAUUAAUUAUUGGUCUGGGUAAAUUAACAAGGCCAGUUGGCCACUCUAGAACUGGGAUUCAAUGUGUCGGACAAUAAUAAGGUUUUGUUGGUGUACCUGAAAUAGUUGUAAUAUGUCAAGUGCUGAUGCUUUUUAUGUGGUGGUAGUACAAGACAGCCAGACAGCUAUAGUUGAGACAACCUCCAUCAAUGAUUAUUUGCAUUCAUGCA